GAGAGAGCAGAGCAUCAACUGGUACAAAUAAAACAAAAACAGAACACCAGCAAGAAGUAACAGAAAGAGAGAACAAGAAAGAGGAACAAACUAUGGCUGCAACCGUGUUGUUUGCAUGCCAUUCCAAUGUAAUUGUAAACCACGGCUGUAGAAAUGAUUAUCCGUCGUUACGCAAAUCAUUCUUGGGUGUUGGACACAGAGUCCUGGAUCAAACCAUAGCCAACAGAAAUCAAAACCAUAACAGCUUUCAAAAAAAGAAGUCAUCUUAUAGGUUUUCCGUUUCUGCUGUCACCAAAGGUUCUGCAAAAUCAAGCAAGUCCGAUGAGAAAAUCCCCCCUUGGGCUAAACCAGAUUCGGACGAGCCCCCUCCUUGGGCCCAGAAUGAAGGCAAGAAAGAUGAUUCACAAAAGGGAUUUGAGAUUCCCUUUUUUGUUCAUCUGUUUGCCUCAGCAAUCACUGCAAUCGCUGCAAUAGGUUCCGUUUUCGAGUAUGUGAACGAGAGGCCAGUCUUCGGAAUCUUGAGUUCAGACAGCAUAUUUUAUGCUCCAGUGCUUGGAUUUUUUGCAUUUACUGGCAUCCCCACUUCUGCAUUCCUGUGGUUUAAAUCUGUUCAAACUGCUAACAAGGAAGCUGAGGAGCAAGACAAAAGGGAUGGCUAUCGAUAGGGUAAAAACCAGCACCUUCAAUGUUCUAACCACCACACAGACUUAUCUCAACCGGCAUAUUUCAUUCUUUUUCGUAAUCCUAUGUUAUGGUCUUCGUUAUUUGAUUUUGUUUAGAUAAGAUACAAGUUAAUUACAGUCCACACAAAGCUCCAAAGUCACUCGCAAAGGUAGAUGAUACCGAUUAUUCUCCA